AUCCGUAAAACGAUGCACUCAAGUUUCUGUCUGCGCUUUGAGAUACACGUUUAUGUCGCUUCGUUCGUUUCCGGCUAAUCGUUUGUAAUCAAAUUUUAAUAUUGAAGUUUUUUAUGUUAUUUUUUCACAACAUCACCCGACUAGUGUAUUUGUGUAUUCAUUUAUUGUCAACUAGUAAUAUUUACGAACACGUACAAUAUUGUGAUCUGCGCUUCGAAAUAAUCGUUUAAUAUUUUUGACUUAGACUUUAUCGAAAUUCAGUCUUGAACAAUAAUCUUCUAUCGAAAACUAUGUAAAGAAGCCGCUGUUAUCGUGGAAGACAAACGUUAGGGUAGUUUAGACAAUGUGUAUCGUUAGAAACUCCGAAAAUUCGUGUGUUAGAGCAAAUAGACUUUUAGAAUCAGUGCUAACUAGUAAUGACGCUAUAGUUAACGAAUACGAAGGAUAUGAUAUUCGCUUUAAUUGCAGCCGGAACAGCUUUAAAAGCUGGCCUAACAAUAGUUGGGACGAGCGUUUGGCUGAUACCGAUGCUUAUUGCUGCGAUGGCUUAUUAUCGAUAUGAUCUUUAUGAUCCAGAGUCUCGAACUUUCAACCAAAAAAUACUUAGACGGGAAUAUGAUUUUAUUGUAGUUGGUGGAGGAUCUGCUGGAGCUGUUGUCGCAAGCAGAUUGUCAGAAAUUGGACAUUGGAACGUUUUGUUGUUGGAAGCAGGACCAGAUGAAAAUGAAUUAACAGAUGUUCCUUCACUCGCAGGUUAUCUACAACUAUCACGUUUCGACUGGCAGUACAAAACUGAACCUACUGGUAAAGCCUGUCUUGGAAUGAAAAAUCAUCGAUGUAAUUGGCCAAGGGGGAAAGUAUUGGGUGGGUCUAGUGUAUUAAAUUAUAUGUUAUAUGUUAGAGGCAAUCGGUAUGAUUAUGAUGGGUGGCGAGAUUUAGGUAAUGAAGGUUGGGGUUAUAGUGAAAUUCUUCAAUAUUUUACAAAGUCUGAAGACAAUCGAAAUCCGUAUUUAGCUAGACCUGGAUCACCCUAUCAUAAGACGGGUGGUCUUCUAACAGUACAAGAAGCUCCUUGGAGAACUCCAUUGGUACUUUCAUUUGUAGAAGCCGGUCAAGAAGUUACAGGUUAUCCAAAUAGAGAUAUAAAUGGAAAGCAUCAAACUGGAUUUAUGGUAGCACAGGGGACUAUUCGAAAAGGAACUCGCUGUAGCUCAGCUAAAGCAUUUCUUCGACCUGCUAGGCUCAGAUCAAAUUUACAUGUUGCUAUGCAAUCUCAUGUUACUAAAGUCAUCAUAGACUCUACGACAAAACGGGUAAUUGGGGUACAGUUUCUACGUGACAGUCACAUACAGAUAGUUUACGCGAAACGAGAAGUAAUCCUUUCAGCUGGUGCUAUUGGUAGUCCACAACUCAUGAUGUUAUCAGGAAUUGGACCACAAGAACAUUUACAAAGAUUAGGUAUACCAGUAAUUCAAAACCUUCGAGUUGGUGACAAUCUACAAGAUCACAUAGGCCUCGCAGGAUUAACAUUUAUUGUCGAUAAACCAGUUGCUAUUGUUCAAAAUAGAUUAAGACCUAUUGCUGUCACUAUGGAAUACAUAGCUCGAGAAAGAGGUCCAAUGACUACUUUAGGAGGAGUGGAAGGCCUUGGUUUUGUACCAACGAUUUAUGCAAACGAUACCGAUUACCCUGAUAUUCAAUUCCACAUGGCUCCUGCAUGUUUAUCAUCGGACGAUGGAAUCAAAGUUCGUAAAAUUCUGAAUAUCAAAGACUCUCUUUAUGACAGAGUAUAUCGACCAAUAGCAGAUAAAGAUGCUUGGACUAUAAUACCAUUAUUACUGAGACCAAGAUCUCGAGGACAAAUACGACUUAGAUCUAAAGAUCCUACAGUUUAUCCAUACAUUAAUGCCAACUAUUUUGAUGAUCCUCUUGACGUAGCAACAUUAGUCGAAGGCGUAAAAUUAGCCAUAAAAAUAGGUCAAAGUAAGGUGUUUCGACAAUAUCGAUCAAGGCUCCAUAAGACACCUUUACCAGGAUGUAUUCAUUAUGAGUUCAACACUGAUGCAUAUUGGGAAUGUGCUGUGCGUCAUUUAAGUAUGACCAUAUAUCAUCCUGUCGGAACAUGCAAAAUGGGUCCUUCAGAUGAUCCAACAGCCGUAGUAGAUUCAAGACUGAGAGUAUACGGAAUACAAGGGUUAAGGGUCGUGGAUGCAUCAGUUAUGCCUACAAUUGUAAGCGGCAAUACUAAUGCACCAACCAUUAUGAUUGGUGAAAAAGCAUCUGACAUGAUCAAACAAGAUUGGCUUAAAGAUAAUCGAUAUUCAGGUUGAUUAGUUAAAAUAGAUUUGAAAUUGUAUAAUUUUAAAAUCUUUUUUCAACUGUGCCAUUUGCAGAAUAUUAGUAUUAUAUAUUGUUUCUCAAUUUUUUAAUUUUAAGUAUUGUUGUUACCAUUCUAUAUAUAAAUGUAUAUAUAU